GUAGCCGUCAAUCACGAGGGGACUCCAAACAGUGAGGCUUGAGCUGGAGAACAGCGUUUACCGGCGGGCGGCCGGUGAGAGGGCUGGCGGGGCUGUGUCUUUGGGGAGGCUUGGAGAGGACGAGGGGCAAGCCGCGUUUUGUGAAUGAAGCUAUGGCUACAGAUUCCCCGAGGAGACCCAGUCGUUGUACUGGUGGAGUUGUGGUUCGCCCUCAGGCUGCCACGGAGCAGUCCUACAUGGAAAGUGUUGUGACUUUUCUACAGGAUGUUGUGCCACAGGCUUACAGUGGGACACCUCUAACAGAAGAAAAGGAGAAAAUAGUCUGGGUCAGAUUUGAAAAUGCAGAUUUAAAUGAUACAUCAAGAAAUCUGGAAUUUCAUGAAAUACACAGCACUGGGAAUGAGCCGCCUUUGCUGAUUAUGAUUGGCUACAGUGAUGGAAUACAGGUCUGGAGCAUCCCUAUCAGUGGGGAAGCACAGGAGCUAUUCUCUGUUCGAAAUGGCCCAAUUCGGGCGGCUAGGAUCUUGCCUGCUCCACAGUUUGGUACUCAAAAGUGUGACAGCUUUGCAGAGAAAAGGCCCCUUCUUGGUGUUUGUAAGAGCACUGGAUCUUCUGGCACUAGCCCACCUUACUGUUGUGUUGAUCUGUAUUCACUUCGUACUGGGGAAAUGGUCAAGUCCAUUCAGUUUAAAACUCCUAUCUAUGAUCUUCAUUGCAAUAAGCGGAUCCUCGUCGUAGUCUUGCAGGAGAAAAUUGCUGCCUUUGAUAGCUGUACUUUCACAAAAAAGUUUUUUGUCACAAGCUGCUAUCCUUGUCCAGGGCCCAACAUGAAUCCUAUUGCUCUUGGGAGCCGCUGGCUGGCUUAUGCAGAAAACAAGUUGAUUCGAUGUCAUCAGUCCCGUGGUGGAGCCUGUGGGGACAACAAUCAGUCUUAUACUGCCACAGUCAUUAGUGCUGCUAAAACUUUGAAAACUGGCCUGACAAUAGUUGGGAAAGUGGUGACUCAGCUGACAGGCACGCUGCCUUCAGGUGUGACAGAAGAUGAUGUUGCCAUCCAUAGUAAUUCGAGGCGGAGUCCUUUGGUCCCAGGCAUCAUCACCGUAAUAGACACGGAAACAGUUGGAGAGGGCCAGGUGCUUUUGAGUGAGGAUUCUGACAGUGAUGGUAUCGUGGCCCACUUCCCGGCUCAUGAAAAACCAGUGUGCUGUAUGGCUUUUAACACAAGUGGAAUGCUUCUAGUCACAACAGAUACCCUUGGCCAUGACUUUCAUGUCUUCCAAAUUCUGACUCAUCCUUGGUCCUCAUCACAAAGUGCUGUCCAUCAUCUCUACACUCUUCACAGGGGUGAAACUGAAGCCAAAGUACAAGACAUCUGCUUCAGCCAUGACUGUCGCUGGGUUGUGGUCAGUACUCUUCGGGGGACGUCCCAUGUUUUUCCAAUCAACCCUUAUGGUGGCCAGCCUUGUGUGAGAACACAUAUGUCGCCACGAGUCGUGAAUCGUAUGAGCCGUUUCCAGAAAAGUGCUGGGCUGGAAGAGAUUGAACAAGAACUGACAUCUAAGCAAGGAGGUCGCUGUAGUCCUGUUCCGGGUCUCUCAAGCAGCCCUUCCGGAUCACCUCUGCACGGGAAACUAAACAGCCAAGACUCCUACAAUAAUUUUGCCAACAACAACCCUGGCAACCCUCGGCUCUCUCCUCUCCCCAGCUUGAUGGUUUUGACGCCUCUUGCACAAAUCAAACAGCCAAUGACAUUGGGGACCAUCACCAAACGAACAGGGCCUUAUCUGUUUGGAGCGGGGUGUUUUUCCAUAAAAGCUCCAUGCAAAGUUAAACCACCUCCACAAAUUUCUCCCAGCAAGUCGAUGGGCGGAGAAUUUUGCGUGGCUGCAGUGUUUGGGACGUCCAGGUCAUGGUUUGCAAAUAACGCCGGUCUGAAAAGAGAAAAAGAUCAGUCCAAACAAGUUGUAGUUGAAUCUCUGUACAUCAUCAGCUGCUACGGGACCUUAGUGGAGCACAUGAUAGAGCCACGGCCGCUCAGCACUGCCCCCAAGAUUAGUGAUGACACCCCACUGGAAAUGAUGACAUCACCUCGAGCCAGCUGGACUCUGGUUAGAACUCCUCAAUGGAAUGAAUUGCAGCCACCAUUUAAUGCAAACCACCCUCUGCUCCUGGCUGCAGAUGCUGUACAGUAUUACCAGUUCCUGCUUGCUGGCCUGGUUCCCCCUGGAAGUCCUGGGCCCAUUACUCGGCAUGGGUCCUAUGACAGUUUAGCUUCCGACCACAGUGGACAGGAAGACGAAGAAUGGCUUUCUCAGGUAGAGAUUGUGACGCACACUGGACCCCACAGGCGUCUGUGGAUGGGCCCACAGUUCCAGUUCAAAACCAUCCACCCCUCAGGCCAGACCACAGUCAUAUCGUCCAGUUCCUCAGUGUUGCAGUCUCACGGUCCCAGUGAUACUCCACAGCCCCUUAUGGAUUUUGAUACGGAUGAUCUUGAUCUCAACAGUCUGAGGAUCCAGCCGGUCCGCUCUGACCCAGUCAGCAUGCCAGGGUCAUCCCGUCCAGUCUCAGAUCGAAGAGGAAUUUCCACCGUGAUUGAUGCUGCCUCAGGUACCUUUGACCGGAGCGUGACCCUGCUGGAGGUGUGUGGGAGCUGGCCCGAGGGCUUCGGGCUGCGGCACAUGUCCUCCAUGGAGCACACCGAGGAGGGCCUGCGGGAGCGGCUCGCCGACGCCAUGGCCGAGUCGCCCAGCCGGGACGUGGUGGGAUCCGGAACAGACACAGCCCUUGAUGUAGCAGUAAAAACCAGCACCCCUGAGAGGCACAUGGCUGUGAAGUGUGUUGAUUCCUCAAUGCUUUUCUUUUCACAAGGGAAAAAAAAAGGAAAAAAAAAACAAUGCCAACAGCCCAGCGUCCGUGAGCAACCCAACAGUAACAAAGCAUGUGUUCGGGAUGGAGGAAGAACUUCAGCGAGAGGGAAGCAUCGAGACUCUGAGUAACAGCUCGGGUUCUACCAGCGGCAGCAUCCCAAGAAACUUUGAUGGCUACCGAUCUCCGCUGCCCACCAAUGAGAGCCAGCCCCUCAGCCUCUUCCCUACCAGCUUCUCCUAGGUACCAGCUACCUGCUUCCGACUGGCCGGCCCACUCACCUACUGGAGGAAGGAGAAGCCCCCCUCGGACUCUCCCCUUCAGUCUCUGCUCCUCUUUCACCAACCACCUUCCCCAAGCUUAGUGACAACAGCCCCCUCCCCACCCCACCCCGAGGCCGAUGGAGAAGAGACCCCUAUCCAAACCACCUCCGUGCCCUCUGACCCCGUCAGCAGGGCUGUGGCCGAAAGAGACUGCAGAAGCGCCGCCCCCUCCUGUUUGCACAUGAUGUCCGGCAUUGGAUCCGCUUUUGUAUUUUCUAACCCGGGGUGGGGGGAGCGGGGGGCCUGGGUGGGGAGAGGAUGUACGGCCUGGCCAGGCAUUUCGACCCUGACCGCCAGCCCCAGCCCGCUCCUGGCUGUGGCUUACACUGCCCAGCUUCCCUUGGUCAACUUCCCUCUGGAAUGGGGUGAAUGGAGGCCCAGAGUAUCAGGGAAGGAGAAAGGAAGGAGAAGCCCUCCUCCUCUUCCCUUUGGCUCAUGGGAAGGAUUUGUCUUUCUUGUCUAUAAGCCCUUUUACACUGGUCCUGAACUGUUCGGUGAAGGAAACGGUGGUUCCUGAGACCCUGUCAAAAGUGCACGUCUUUCCAAUAAAUCAUGCUGCAACUGG